AUCCGAACUGGCGAACCCCGGGCCGCUGAGAAGCAGAACGUGUGGACUUAACCGCUGCGCCACGGGGCGGCCCCAACAACUGUUUUAAAUGUAAAGUGGAUUGACUGAAAACCAACGUAACCAUUUCAGUAGGAAAAUAUCUCAUGGGUGUUAUUACCAAGCCAGUGUCCUGACAGUGGAAUUUUAGUUCCCGUUUGUUUGCCCAUUUCCCGCACACUGGGGGAGCCGGGGCUCAGAGAGAAAACGCAGUCAACGCCCUGGCCCACGGGGUUCAGUUCUGGGGCUUCCAAGCCCGCAUUUUCGCCUGCGGAGUCAUCCUCGCGCCACCAGGGGGCGCCAUCGGAGAGAACGUGGGGCUCGCCGAGGGCGGCUGGGAGGCGCGGGCGCCGGCGCUCGCCAGGCCCGGAAGACGCGCUUUGCAGACGUCCCUGCACUCGGUUCCCACCGACACCCGGGAAAGUGGUCUGACGAUUUCCGUUCUUGCAGGUGGCCAAGUGCGCUCGCCAAGUCGCGCAGCACAGAGGAGGCAAAACUGGGAUUUGAACUUAGGAAGGCCCAUGCCUUAGAGAGAGACAUCAGGUGGUGCGCUCAUCCUCCCAACUCCACCCCCUCCACCUCCGCGGCAGCCUGGGAACUGGAGGACAUGGGUGUGUCACCCUGCCCGUAUGGCCAGACAUGAGCACGAUCUGGAAUUUCAGGUCUAUAAAUCACUUGGGUUGGGGGGGCUCAUAAAGCUGUUCUCCCAUGCUUGUCUGCCUGCUUGGUCUCUUGUCCCCUCCUCCAGACACCCUGCCCACUUCCUUGGAGACUGACCCAAGAAUGGGCCUGGGCGUAUAUAGGGAGCCACUGUGGGAAGGGCCUGCCAGAGAAGCUUCUGGCAGAGAAGGUGAGGAGGGGGCUCUAAGGGUCUGGAUGCAGCAGAGGGAGCUGGGGAGGUCUGAGCUCUGGCCAGGGAGGCCCCACCAGAGCCUCGGUUUCCUCUUCUGUAAAAUAGCCCACCACAGCGGUGGUGGGAGGCUGGGCACAUUCAGUACCAGCCUGGACCCAGCAGAGAGUGGGAGCAGCUCCUGGGAACUGGGGGUGGAGUGGGGGUGGUGGGUCCAGCUGGGCCUCCCUCCCCUCCUGGCCUCUGCCUGGCCUCUUCCCCGCUCACCUGUCUCCGGCAGGACUAUGGCUUCUGCAGCAGAAGAGGCAGAGAAGGGGUCUCCAGUUGUGGUGGGACUGCUGGUUGUGGGCAACAUCGUUAUUCUGCUGUCAGGCCUGGCCCUGUUUGCCGAGACAGUAUGGGUGACAGCUGACCAGUACCGCGUGUAUCCACUGAUGGGCGUCUCAGGCAAGGAUGACGUCUUCGCUGGUGCCUGGAUCGCCAUCUUCUGCGGCUUCUCCUUCUUCGUGGUGGCCAGCUUUGGUGUGGGUGCUGCGCUCUGCCACCGCCGGUCUAUGAUGCUCACGUACCUGGUGCUCAUGCUCAUCGUCUACAUCUUUGAGUGUGCCUCCUGCAUCACGGCCUACACCCACCGAGACUACAUGGUGUCCAACCCAUCUCUGAUCACCAAGCAGAUGCUGACCUUCUACAGUGCAGACACGGCCCAGGGCCGGGAACUGACCCGCCUCUGGGACCGCAUCAUGACUGAGCAAGAGUGCUGUGGCACAUCUGGUCCCAUGGACUGGGUGAACUUCACAUCAGCCUUCCGGGCGGCCACCCCGGAGGUGACGUUCCCCUGGCCCCCACUGUGCUGUCGCCGGACUGGCAACUUCAUCCCCCUCAGUGAAGAAGGCUGCCGUCUGGGCCACAUGGACUACCUGUUCACCAAGGGCUGCUUCGAGCACAUCAGCCAUGCCAUUGACAGCUACACAUGGGGCAUCUCGUGGUUUGGGUUUGCCAUCCUGAUGUGGACGCUCCCUGUGAUGCUGAUAGCCAUGUAUUUCUACACCACCUUAUGAGGAACACGAAGCGAAGGCCACUUGUGCACCUCACCUCCUCCUACUCCUGCUUCCUCCAGCUGAGGCCUGGAUGGCUGCCUCACUUCUGCCCCGCCCACUUCCCUCACCCUUCCCCUCCUUCCACUCCAAAGAUCUUUUACCAGGUUUCUGAGCCCUGCUGGGACACGGAGCUGCCCUGAAACCCCUGGACAUAUGUGCAAGGACCCUUAGCCCUUAAGCUCAUUUCACUUGGCUGAUUCCUGGCCCAUCUCUGAGUGUCAACUUAAAGUCCUGUCCUCAGGAGACCCUUCCCUGAUCCCACCACCGCAUCCACAGGUGCCUCUCUUGUCGCUCCCUGAACUCCUCCUUCAUCGUGGGGGUCGCCAUCAUUGGUGAAGAGUUUGCGAUUAUCUGUUUAAGCUCUGGUAGACUGGGAUUGCUGUGAGGGGACGGACAAGUUCUGUCAUGGCCUCUUUAUUGUUACCAGCAUCACCCAGCACAGGGCUAAGCAUGGGUGUUCAAUAAAUACUGGUUGAAUGAA